CCUUACAGAUGGAGCAAAACAAUAUGAAAAUGCUGGGAAGUGCAAGCUCAUCAUUGGUAGACUAUGAUGACAGUGAAGAGGAGGAUAAUCCCAGUGAAACCAUUGUGGAGGAGUUUGCUGGAGCCAAUGGUCUGGAAAGCAAACAAGAACUCACCAGAUCAGCUGAUGCCUGUGAAUGUCCUAUGCUCCAAAAUGUUAAGGAUGAAGGAAAAUUAGAGUUCCCUGCUAAUCCAGAGCCAGCUGUGCACUGUGAUGCUGGAAAAAGUGAAACAAGUUGUGAUGGGAUUGAAGUAAGGACUGAAGGACUAGAAAAUGCACUGCCAGGAGAAGAAUGUAUCGAUGAAGGUGGUGACAGGCCCAGCUUCUAUAUACACCGAGGGCAUCAGUCACAGGACUCCAGUUCUGAAGAUUCUGAUGAAGAACCAAAAUCCCCAAUUCCUUUGUCUUCAUCCUCUAUUGAUUCUUCAGAUUCUGAUGAUACAGAGAAGAGCAAGCAGAUAAAGCAGCCUAAGGAGAGCACAACUGGGAAGAACCGGAAGAAGAAGUGCCACACGAAGGGAGAACUUGAAUUGGAGGAUUUGCCUCCCAUUGAAGAGCUUCAUAUAACUGUCCCAAUUGAUCACUGCCAGAUCAUUGGUCAUGUCUCCUCCAUUGUGAAUCCUCUUGUUGUGGUGGAGGCAAUCCCUGGCACUCCUGCUUUGGAUCUAGAGUCAGUUCUCUUUCUUCAAGAUGGAAAGCCUCUUGGAGUAGUCUUUGAUGUUUUUGGCCAGGUGACAAAACCUUACUACUCCAUACGUUUCAACAACAUGGAAGAAAUUACGUUGAGGGGAAUCCAUGAAGGGCAAGAUGUCUACUGUGCUCCUUCCACACCCUAUGCCAUAUUUGUCUUCUUGGAGCAGCUUCGCAGGAUCAAGGGCAGUGAUGCAUCAUGGGAGGAUAACAAUGAGCCUCCUUCAUCUGAAGAAGAGUUUUCCGAUGAUGAGUCGGAGUUCUCAUCAAGAAGAGAGAAGUCUCGCACAGGUCAGAAAGAGAUUAAUGGGACAUCCUCAACAGAGCAAGGAGGCAGACGCUUUCUGAGAUGCAGGGGCCGUGGAAGGGGAAGGGGUAGGAGAGGCAAGAAACCCUUUCCAGGUCAUAACAUUCCAACCCAUCCCCUCCCUGGGGUGGUGAAUCCUUUCAUUUGUCCUCACCCCCAACAAGCACCAUCCUUGGUGGGUCCACCACGUUGGUGCAGGGCUCCUCCUCACCAAGCUAUGUCUCAAAGGAAUGUCAUUCAUCCCCAUUCCCAAGAACUGCCACCCCCUAUGGGCCGACCCCAGUGGUGCAGGGCUCCUCUUUACCCUCACCAAACAAGACCUAGGCCAAGUGCUCAGAGAUUCCCUGGAGCCCCCUUUCCUCCACCCUUCCCACCACCAUGGAUCCAGCAUACAAUGCCACCUCCACCAGUGAUUGAAAGUCAUUCUAACUGGCAGCCAAAUUACAAUUUAUUCAUGCCACCACCACCACCACCUCCACAUCAGUGAAUUAUUUGAGGAUCUCAACAGAUGAUAACUAGUGAUAUCAUGCUUUCUCUUUCAUUUUGGUGUGCUGAAAGAAAGUG